CCCGCGCAUGCGCACCGCGGCAGGAUUGAUUCUGCCCCUCCAUGACAUCCAGCGGGACCGAGCGACUGCUGCUGCUGCUGCGCUAUCGUCAAAUACAUGAUCCGCCUAAUCCCGCCGCCCUCCUCGAGCUCCGGUACCGAUAGAUAAUAACGCGCUCGAGGCUGACGCACGCAGACGCGCUUCGGGGACGGUAAUCGAUCGCGGUUCGUCGAGGAUGAGGCUGGUCGAGACGCGCGCGGAUGGAGAGGAGAAGCGCGAGCUGCCGCCUCCGUUCAGAAACCCGUUCGCGCACGAGCUGCGCUUCACGGCGGCGGAGAAGCUGCAGAUCGGUUUGAUGACGGUGACUCUCUUCCCCGUGCGGCUCUUCAUCGCGGCGUUCAUGAUGCUGCUGGCCUGGCCGUUUGCCUUCAUCGCUUCGGUGGGCCGCUCCGAGACGGCGGUGGAGCCCCAGAGCUUGUGGAGAAAGCUGGUGGACGUGGUGCUGAAGACCAUCAUGCGGGUCAUGUGGUUCGCCGGGGGCUUUCACUGGAUCAGUAUUAAGGGCAGACAGGCUCUUCCCGCCGAGGCGCCCAUCCUCACCCUCGGCCCGCACUCGUCCUACUUCGACGCCAUUCCUGUCACCAUGACCAUGGCGUCCAUCGUGAUGAAAGCUGAGAGCAAAGACAUCCCGGUGUGGGGCACUCUCAUCAAAUACAUCCGGCCCGUGUUCGUGUCGCGCUCCGAUCAGGACUCCAGGAGGAAGACGGUGGAGGAGAUCAAGAGAAGAGCUCACUCUGGAGGAGAGUGGCCGCAGAUAAUGAUUUUUCCAGAAGGGACGUGCACCAAUAGAACCUGCCUGAUCACAUUCAAACCAGGAGCGUUCAUCCCUGCGGUUCCUGUCCAGCCUGUCGUGAUCCGUUACCCAAACAAACUGGACACGAUCACGUGGACGUGGCAGGGCCCCGGAGCGUUUAAGAUCCUGUGGUUGACUCUGUGUCAGCUUCACAAUGAGUUCGAGAUCGAGUAUCUGCCCAUCUACUCGCCCUCAGAGGAGGAGAAGAAGAAGAACCCCGCUCUUCACAACGUGCGCCGCUUGAUGGCAAAGUCCCCGCACACAGACUACUCGUUUGAAGACUGUCAGCUGGCCAUGGCGGAGGGUCAGAUCCGGCUGCCCGUAGACACGUGUCUGCUGGAGUUCGCUAAACUGGUGCGCAGUCUGGGGCUGAAGCGUGUGAACUCCGAGAAGCUCCUGCAGGGUUACGGGAAGCGGGCUUGUAAACUUCAGGGUCAGAGACUGAGUCUGGAGGACUUCGCCCAGUUCCUGGAGCUGCCCGUGUCAGGCGAGCUCAGACACAUGUUCGCUCUCUUUGACGAGAAUGACGAUCACUCGAUGGACGUCCGGGAGUUCGUGAUCGCCUUCUCUGUGGUGUGUCGGCCCGCAAAAACACUGGACACCAUCAGGCUGGCCUUCCAGAUGUUCGAGGCAGAGGAGGACGGCGCGAUCACGGAGAACGAGCUGAUGUGCAUCUUGAGGACGGCGCUGGGCGUCGGAGAGCUCAAAGUCAGCCGUCUCUUCAGAGCCAUCGAUGAAGAGGACUCGGGCAAAAUCACCUUCGAGAGUUUUCGGGAGUUUGCGGAUCAGCAUCCAGACUUCGCCGAGCAGUACCUCUACUCGGAUAACGCCGGCUUCGGCAGCAGCUCCCCGACCCACGCCGCCAACGGCUUCUGCGCCGACUUCAGCCCCAGAGAGCAGAAGAAGCUGGACUGAGUGUUUACUUCCUGCUGUCUGUGACAUUUGAUUGGUUCCUGUACGCUUGCUGGUUUUCUCUUCCCCUCGGCAUCAUUUCAGCAUCACUGUUUUAAAAGCAAAUUGAAGGGAAAUUUAUGUCUUUUGCUUUUUUUUUGUGUUUGUUUUUUUUUUGGUCGGAGAAAUACUUGAAAGCCAAGCACUUCUUUAGUUAGUCAUCGGGGGACAGAUA